CUCCCAGGAGCCAUGUACACAUCCAGGCUCUUCACCCUCGUCCUGGUGGUGCAGCCGCCCCGCGUCCUCCUGGGCAUGACGAAGAGCGGGUUUGGAGCUGGGCUGUGGAACGGCUUUGGGGGGAAGGUGCAGCCAGGGGAGAGCAUCGAGGAGGCUGCUCGCAGGGAGCUCCUGGAAGAGAGCGGACUGACUGUGGACACCUUGCAGAAGAUGGGUCAGAUCACAUUUGAAUUUGUAGGCAAUUCUGAACUCAUGGAAGUUCACAUUUUCCGAGCAGAUCAUUUUCAUGGAGAGCCAACAGAAAGUGAUGAAAUGCGCCCACAGUGGUUUCUGCUGGAUGAAGUGCCAUUCAAUCACAUGUGGGCAGAUGAUAUCUAUUGGUUUCCCCUGCUGCUUCAGAAAAAGCUGUUUCGGGGCUAUUUUAAGUUCCAGGGACAAGACACUAUCCUGGAGCACACCCUGAAAGAAGUGGAGGAAGUUUAAGAAAACAGAAACUCCACCCACGCGCUGCUGCCCACGUUGGGCUAGAACACCAUGAGUGCUACUUCUAAGGGUCGCCUUUCUCAGCUCUCCAGCAAAGGAGACUUGUUUCCCAGGUCACUGGGAAGUAACAAGGGGGUUUCUUAGAGCAGAAAUAAAAGUAACGAGAUUUUCCAUGCUGUGAAGUCCCUGGCUGUGGUAUACUUUAGCAGUUAUGGGAUCACAACUAUUAAAAACUUAGUGUUAACUCUUUUCCUAGCAGGUGAAUAAUUCUUUUGGCUUUUCCCUUGUGGCUGGAAAUGUUUUU